AUGAUUGUGAUUUGGAGGAAUGAAACUGUCGUCACAGAAUUUAUUCUCCUGGGAUUUGGGAAUCUUCAUGGUCUACAGAUCAUUCUCUUUGUGAUAUUCUUGGCUAUAUACAUGAUAACUUUAUCUGGUAACAUCCUUAUUCUGAUUGCUGUAUCAACCAAUCAAGGCCUCCACACUCCCAUGUAUUUUUUCCUAGGAAAUUUCUCCUUCCUUGAGAUCUGGUACACAACUGCUAUUAUACCAAAGAUGCUGAAGACACUCCUAACAAUGCAUGAAGCUAUCUCCUUCUCUGCAUGCAUUGCUCAGUUUUAUUUCUUUGGUUCUAUGGCAGUCAUUGAAUGUUACCUUUUAGCAGUGAUGUCUUACGACCGCUACUUAGCCAUCUGCAAUCCACUUCGUUAUACAGCUAUCAUGAACAUCAAAAUCUGUCUCCAAAUGGCAGCUGGUUCCUGGAUAAGUGGAUUCCUGAUUUCCAUAGCCCCCAUUGUACUCACUUUCAGUUUGCCAUUUUGUGGUUCCAACAAAAUUGACCAUUUCUUCUGUGAUUUAGCUCCUGUUACAAAGCUUUCCUGUUCUGACCCUUACGUUGCAGAGACAACAACCUUUAUUUUAGCAUCAAUGGUGACUAUCGGCCCGUUUCUUCUCACACUAACAUCUUAUGUCAAUAUUAUUUCUACUGUUCUUAAAAUCCCCUCUGCCCAAGGGAAACAGAAAGCAUUCUCAACAUGUUCUUCUCACCUCAUUGUGGUGACAUUAUUUUAUGGCACUCUAGGUGCUAUUUAUGCGUCCCCUUCAGCCAAACAGUCUCCAGUGCUCAAUAAACUCUUCUCCUUGCUAUACACUGUAAUUACCCCCAUGAUCAACCCCAUGAUUUACAGUCUGAGAAACAAAGAUGUCAAAGAUGCUCUGAGAAAAAUUAUCUAUAAAAACUCCUGUUGUCCCUGUAUCAAUAACACAGUUAACCCAGAAACAAUGCUUAAGCAAAUGCCAGUGGAAGUUACAGCAGAUCAUUGA